ACGAAACUGUUGGAUAUUAUUUAAUCUCUUAACUAUGAUUUACUAUCUUAAAUCGUGAUCUGCAACAUAUGUCACUUAAGAUAAAUAUAAUAUAGUCCAAAAAUUAAGAUAUACUUUAUUUUAAUAUUAGUCCAUAAAAUUUAUUUUUGUUCACAGUAGGUACUUGUUUGUAUAGUUGCAUAUAAUUUGGUUUUAAAUAAGAAUUAAAACAAAAUCGCUAUUAUAAUUUAUUUUAUUUUUUAUUUGUAUUGACAGAGUUUGAAUAAUGUCAGGCCCAGAUUCGUACACUGAUAAUGUAUGGAAACAUACAAAAGGAAAUGUCAACAAAAAGUUGGAACGUGCUCGGCCGUACAAUUUUUUCUUGACUCCAGUAGAUGCUAAUAAGUCUACUCAUACUGAAGCUUUGACUUUAUCAUUUCCAGGUAGAUUAUACCUUUUACUUCUACAAACAUUCUUCUGUGUUAAUAACACAUUAUACUAGUUUAUUAUUUAUGUAACCAAGUGUAAAAUGAAUAAUGCAACUUAUUGUAUCUAUUUUGUUUUAAGAACUUUUAGAUAAAAGUCUCGGUGAAUUAACUGAUUCAAUGCAUAUUAAUUUUGCGGUUGAACUUGGCUGGCUUUUUGCUCAAUAUCACAUAACUGAUCAAAGGUAUUAACUAUACAUGAAUUUAAUUGUAAUAUAAUGCAUAUUAUAAAAACAAAAUUCUGAUUUAGAAUAUAAUCAAUUCAGUUAUUUUUUUAUAAUACAGUUUUUUAUGAGUUAUGCUAUAUACUUUAAUAUAAUUUGUAUCUUUAAAUAAUAAUAUAUGUAUUGUUUUGUUGAAAAAAGAAAAUUAUGUUUCAAUUUUUUUUUUCUUAGAGGAAAGCCCAUAACACUUUUAUAUGAACAUUGUGAUCAAGAUAUAAAUGCUUUGCAAGCAAAAAGGAAAAUUCCAAAUUUACAUCAUGCCAUAGUAAAACCAAAAAAUGCAUUUGGUCAUCAUCAUACGUUCGUAAUAUUUAACAAUACAAUAAUUGUAUUUUACUAUAUACAUAAUGAUUAAAAAUAUUGUGCUUAAUUAUUUUAGAAAGUUAUCCAUAUUUUCUUAUAAUGAUGGAAGUAUACGUAUUGUGGUUAUGACUGCAAAUCUUCGCGAAGCGGAUUGGUUAAACUUAACUCAAGGGUAGGAAAUAUAUUGUAGAUCAUUUUUGUUAAUCAAUUAUAACUUAUUAAUACAUUUUAGAAUUUGGGUAAGUCCGAAAUUUCCAUUGAAAGACAAAAAUAGCAAAUCUGAUGGAGAUUCCAAAACUGGUUUUAAGAAAGAUAUUUUACGUUAUCUACGUUCUUAUAAUCUACCACUAAUAAGACAAUGGAUUCAAAAAAUUGAAGAGACUGAUUUUAGUGAAGCAAAGUAAGUACUUACAAAAAUGUUAUGUAUAAUGAAAACUAAAAAUAAUUUAAUAUCGGUCGCGUAGUGUUUUCUUCAUUUCUAGUGUUCCAGGCAAGUAUUAUGAGCCGAUAUGGGGACAGUCCUACUUAAAAAGUAUUUUGAAAACACAUGUAUGUCUAUCAUCAGGUACACCAUCAGAUUGGCCUAUAAUUGCCCAAUGUUCUUCUUUGGGGUCAAUGGGAAAGAGCGACAGAGACUGGUUGACUACAGAGUUUGUUAAAAAUUUAUCCGCUUCUACCCAUAUUGAUAGAACUACAAAUAACGUUCCUUUCAACUUGGUUAGAUAAAAAAUUAUUGUAAUAUUUUCCUUGAAAGGUAUAUAUAUAUAUUUGUAUUUAUACAUAUAUUUUUCCAAUAGAUUUACCCAACUAUACAAAAUGUUAUAGAUAGUUGGGAUGGACCUUUGGGUGCAUUAACUUGUUUGCCAUAUACUAGCAUGGUACACAAGAAUCAAACGUGGCUUGAAAAAUAUAUGUGGUUUGUAUUGAAUGAUAUUUUAAACUCUCUUGGUAAUUUAUGGUAACUGAUAAAUUGUUUAACAGCAAGUGGGUUAGUAAUUCAAGAAAAAGAACAAAAGCCAUACCACAUAUAAAAACUUAUUGUCGAGUUUCACAGGAUUGUACAGAAAUGUCUUGGUUUUUAUUAACUAGUGCUAACUUAUCAAAAGCUGCAUGGGGUAAAAAAACUUUAUCAGACCAAAGUGACUACAUACUAUCUUAUGAAGCUGGAGUUCUAUUUGUUCCUCAAUUUUUAGUAAUUUAUUUGUUUUUUUUUUCUAUUUUAUUAUUACCUAUAAAUAUUUUUUCUUUUGCAGACCGGAUGUGAUACAUUUUCUUUAAAUCAUAAUCAACACAAUUUUAAAUCACCGGCCUUCUCUCUUCCAUUCGAUUUGCCAUUAUUAUCAUAUUACAAGAAUGACCAACCUUGGGUUUCAGAUUAAAACAAAUAUGAACAUUUAUUGUAAACAUACUUCAUAUAAAGUUACAAUCAAAUUAUUUAAUACUUUAACUCACAGUUAAAUAUUAUUUUAUAUACCUUUUUAAAUCAUCUAUAUGAUUUCCAUCAAUUUGUUUAACCAAUUGAUUAAUUGUUUAUAUUGGUGUGAAUUGUAUUAAAUUAAAUGUUUAAAACUGAUUAAAACAUUAGUUUGCUUGAAUAAUAAAUCAAUGUAGUUUAUUUGAUUCUGAUAGGAUUAUCAUUUGUAGAUACCUUAAUAUUUUCUAAAAUAAGUGCAGCGGUUUGAUUCAUUAUGUAUAUCAAUUGCAUAUGUAAACAAGUUUUGAGUUUUAACCACAAAAAUCACGUAUGUUACGCUAGCAAUAUUUGAUGAGAACUGGUUCCAAACUGUAAAUAUUCUUAUAUAGGCAUUAGAUAGUUAAUAAACAGGCAGAAAUGUAUAAAAUAAAGUUAACUGAAAGGCGCUAAAAAGAAAAUCGUAGGUAUUACCAUUGAUUAAUUUUAGAUUCUGAGUGGAAUGAGGAAUGUAUUGGUUUUACAAUGAUUUUUUUCUACUAGAAAGCAUACUCCGAUAAUCAAGUAUAGCACCGUUUCUGAAAAGGAAUGUUUUCUUGGUGGUACUUUAGAGAAGUUAUUUUUUAAAAUUCUCAUUAAUAUUCGAGAUAAUGAGGAAAACCUCGGCCUUUAGGGUGAAAAAGACGUCCUAGGAUAAUGGAGACAGGUGCAGCCACUGUUAUAGAUAAUGUAGUGUAUACCUGUAAGCAACGAUAAACCAUCACAACAAAAAAUGAUUUUGAGCGGAGUUCAGUUGAUAUUGUUGAUUUGUCAACAAUAUAUACAUAUUUAAUUUUAUAAUAAAAUAAUUAAAUAGGCUUUAUAUAUUUUCUUUUAUAUUAUUUGUUUAUGUAGUACCAAUUUUCCCAUGUUUUAUCCCGGUUUUUUACAUUUGCUGGGAAAACUAAUGGAAAAAUCAAAAAAAUGACCUUUCCAAAG